CGCGGGGUUGCGAACGGCGGCAGCGAGGGGUCCAAUCCCAAGCUCUGGACUUUUCGUCUCGAGAAAGAUAAGGAAGUCAAAAAACAACAUUCGAAUCAUGGGUGACGCAGAUCUUGAACAGAUUAGGCGUGCGCGCCUGCAAGAGAUGCAGCAGCAGCAGGGCCAGUCGGGCGGUCAGGGUGGUGAGCAAGAGCAGAAGCAGCAGCGCGAAGCACGCGCAAGCAUUCUGUCGCAAAUCCUCGAACCCGAUGCCGCAGACCGUCUAGGACGUAUCCGCCUCGUCAAGCAAUCGCGCGCCGAAGAUGUCGAGAACAGACUCAUCAUGCUGGCACGCAGUGGUCAACUCAAACAAAAGAUCAGCGAGGCCCAACUCAAGGACAUUCUGGCCGCCAUGUCAGAGCAGCAAGAGAAGAAGGAGACUGUCAAGGUCUCGAGAAGAAAGGGAGGCUGGGAUGAUGAUGAUCUUGAGGAUCUGUUGAACAGCGAUUGAGCAGCCAACGUAUGCUUUUCCGAUCUCCUUCGACCUU